AUGAUGGAUUUGGAUGUGCCUCUAUGAAGAAAUGCCACGUGUCUCUACUGCUCCAGGAACAAACUUGUUCAGACUGCUGCUACUUUAGGGGACCAGGGCUAGGUGACAGCGCUUCCCGGAGAGUCAGGCGUGGUCUAACCCAGGAACAGGAAGCACAUCAUCACCAAUGACAUCAUGACAGCAAGAGAGCACAGCCCUCGCCACAGCGCCAGGGCCCGUGCGAUGCAGCGGGCUUCCACCAUUGAUGUGGCAGCUGACAUGCUUGGCCUCUCUCUGGCAGGAAAUCUGCAAGAUCCAGAUGAACCCAUUUUAGAAUUCAGCUUAGCUUGCAGUGAGCUGCACACUCCCUCACUAGACCGGAAACCAAAUAGCUUUGUAGCAGUGAGUGUGACCACCCCUCCUCAGGCCUUCUGGACGAAGCACGCGCAGACGGAGAUCAUCGAGGGAACCAACAAUCCUAUAUUUUUAAGCAGUAUUGCCUUCUUCCAAGACUCCCUUAUCAAUCAGAUGACUCAAAUCAAACUCUCCGUGUAUGAUGUCAAAGACAGAUCUCAGGGAACAAUGUAUUUACUGGGCUCUGGAACAUUCGUUGUCAAGGAUCUGCUCCAGGACAGGCAUCAUCGGCUGCAUUUAACACUCAGGUCUGCAGAGAGUGACCGCGUGGGUAACAUCACCGUGAUCGGCUGGCAAAUGGACGAGAAGUCAGACCAGCGGCCUCCUGUGACCCGGUCUCUGGACACCGUCAAUGGGAGGAUGGUCCUGCCCGUCGAUGAGAGCUUGACUGAGGCGUUGGGACUUCGGUCCAAACAUGCUUCAUUGCGGAAAGACACUUUACUGAAAUCAGUGUUCGGCGGCGCCAUCUGCCGCAUGUACCGGUUCCCCACCACCGACGGCAACCACCUGCGGAUCCUGGAGCAGAUGGCGGAGAGUGCACUCUCCCUGCACGUGCCCCGGCAGUUCGUGAAGCUCCUGCUGGAGGAAGAUGCGGCCAGGCCCCACCACACAUACCUGCUUUUUGAGCAGCACCCUGAAAGUACCCCUUUUCUCCUUGCCGUUCAUGACUGUGGGACACUUGUUGACGACCUUCGUUUUCUCAUACUCCGUUUUCUAGGUCCCUCAUUUAAAGCAAGCAGUUUGAAAGCAGAUAAGAAGUUGGAAUUUGUUCCCACAAACUUGCACAUACAGAGGAUGAGAGUUCAGGACGAUGGAGGAUCAGAUCAGAGCUACGACAUUGUCACCAUCGGGGCGCCUGCAGCACACUGCCAAGGUUUUAAGUCAGGAGGCCUCCGCAAAAAGCUGCACAAAUUUGAAGAGACUAAGAAACAUUUUGAGGAGUGUUGUACCUCAUCCAGCUGCCAGUCCAUAAUCUACAUACCACAGGACAUCGUCAGAGCCAAGGAGAUCAUCGCCCAGAUCAACACUCUGAAAACCCAAGUGAGUUACUAUGCAGAGCGGCUCUCGAGGGCGGCCAAGGACAGGUCUGCCACUGGCCUUGAAAGAACUCUCGCCAUAUUGGCAGACAAGACCCGGCAGCUGGUCACCGUCUGCGACUGCAAGCUGCUGGCCAACUCCAUCCAUGGGCUGAACGCUGCACGGCCUGACUACAUCGCCUCCAAGGCUUCCCCCACCUCGACCGAGGAGGAGCAGGUGAUGCUCAGGAAUGACCAGGACACCCUCAUGGCCAGGUGGACAGGCAGGAACAGCCGGUCUUCUCUGCAGGUGGACUGGCACGAGGAGGAGUGGGAGAAAGUGUGGCUGAAUGUGGACAAGAGCCUGGAGUGCAUCAUCCAGCGGGUGGACAAGCUGCUGCAGAAGGAACGGCUGCUUGGCGAGGGCUGUGAGGAUGUCUUCCCCGGUGCGGGCAGCGGCACCAGCAAGAAAGGUAACCGGAACAGCCACGCCUACUGGAUCAGGCCGGAGCACUCCUUCUGUGACGCCCCCUCCUCACCACGCCCCUCCACCACGCCCACCGCUGCAUGCCAUCCUCACCUGACCACAUAUUGCAGCCCCCCUCCUGAAGAGUCCAGCCCAGGUGAAUGGAGCGAGGCUCUUUACCCCCUGCUGACCACGCUCACAGACUGUGUGGCCAUGAUGAGCGACAAGGCCAAGAAGGCGAUGGUGUUCCUGCUUAUGCAGGACAGCGCGCCCACCAUAGCCACCUACCUGAGCCUGCAGCACCGCCGGGACGUGGUCUUCUGCCAAACCCUGACCGCUCUCAUCUGUGGCUUCAUCAUCAAGCUGAGGACCUGCCUGCAUGAUGACGGCUUCCUGCGGCAGCUCUACACCAUCGGGCUGCUUGCCCAGUUUGAGAGCCUGCUGAGCACCUACGGUGAGGAGCUGGCCAUGCUGGAGGACAUGAGCCUUGGGAUCAUGGACUUGAGGAAUGUGACCUUCAAAGUCACUCAGGCCACUUCCAGUGCAUCAGCUGACAUGCUGCCUGUCAUCACAGGAAAUCGGGAUGGGUUUAAUGUGCGCAUCCCUCUGCCCGGCUCGCUGUUCGACGCGCUGCCCCGGGAGAUCCAGAGCGGGAUGCUACUGCGUGUGCAGCCUGUCCUCUUCAACGUGGGCAUCAACGAGCAGCAGACGCUGGCUGAGAGGUUUGGUGACACGUCUUUACAAGAAGUUAUCAAUGUGGAAAGUUUGGUGCGCUUAAAUUCCUACUUCGAGCAGUUUAAGGAAGUUUUGCCUGAGGACUGCUUACCGCGGUCCCGGAGCCAGACGUGCCUGCCCGAGCUGCUGCGGUUCCUGGCCCAGAAUGUCCAUGCCAGGAAGAACAAGAACGUGGACAUCCUCUGGCAAGCUGCCGAGAUCUGCCGCCGUCUCAACGGGGUCCGGUUCACCAGCUGCAAGAGUGCCAAGGACCGCACGGCCAUGUCAGUGACGCUGGAGCAGUGCCUGAUCCUGCAGCACGAGCACGGCAUGGCCCCACAGGUCUUCACCCAGGCCCUGGAGUGCAUGCGCAGUGAGGGUUGUCGAAGAGAAAAUACAAUGAAGAAUGUUGGAAGUCGCAAAUAUGCGUUUAAUUCCCUGCAGCUGAAGGCUUUCCCCAAGCAUUACAGGCCUCCCGAAGGGACUUACGGCAAGGUUGAAACUUGAACACACGGUGUCCUCUAAUUAGCUGUCACAUAACAAAUGUGGGUACCCUCUAGUGUCGUAUAUGAAUUCUUCAAGACGACCUGAAGGAUUGGUUCUUAUUUUUUUGUUUUUAAAAAAUCUUUCACUAAAGAGCCUAUGAAGCAUGUCCCCCCAUCCCCACCCCCCCAAUCAGUAGGAGGUGAUGUUUGGCUUAGUGUGGAUAGUAACGACUGCCCAUUUAAGCAGCCUGCGGCCAGAAGUGCACAGACACCUCCUGUAGUCAGUCACCUGUACGAAUCAAGCUAGGUUUGUCUGAAAUGCUACAAGACUUUUUAAAAUUCCCACUUAGGCGCUGCUCACCUAACUUAUUUUUCUACUGAGUAACUCAAUUGAGCAUUGAAUUACUAUCUACUUUUUAAAAAUCUGAAUGUAAAACAGUAAAUAGUAAACAGACUGGUAAAUGUUAAAUGCUACCAAGUUUUGGGGAAAGAAGCUAGCUGGCUCAUGCAGUGAGAGCAGGUGGUUCUAAUGAAUUUGCUGUCUGUAACAGUACAGGUGACACCAGAAGUUGAAGUAAAGGCUGAGGCAUCAGCCUGAGAUAAGACUAUGAGAAGAUAACACCUGCAAAGCCCCUCGCCCAAUGGGGGCCACUUCUGUCCCUUAUGAAUUAUAGAACAGGGUGUCUUCUUGAGAACGUGAAGCCAGCUGCCUCCUGUUCUCCUAAGCUCCCCGUCCAGUCCCCCGCGCCCCACGAUGCAUCUCCCCCUCUUCUCUGGAUGUUGCGUUACAGUACCCAGGACCUCGCUUGUGGUAUGGCCAGUGCCUGUCACCACAGUGGGGGUUUGUGCGUGUAGAUGGUGGAAGCCUAAACUUUUUCAGAACAGACGUCUUUUUGUGGGUUUCCCAGUUUAUUGUCUUCUAAAAGACGAUACAAUUAUGUCUGAAUGUCUGAUAAAAGUGUCUUUUAAGUUUGUAAUAAUUGUUACUAUCCUCUUCUCAUUCUGUUAUGUAAGGUGACUAUUGAGAAAGCUGAAAUUAGCUCCUAAAAUGAGAUUUUGAAAGGGAUUAAUUUAGGGAUUUCAUAGAAAAUUAUGUCUGGUCAUCUAUUAUAAGAUGAUGAGUCUUAUCUGCCCAUAGCAGAGUUUUUUUUUCUUAGUUUAUGUGUCUUAUCAAUUGUUUAUGAUGAUGAUGAUGAUGAUGUUUACAUGUUAUUUAAAAGGCUGUACAAGAAAUACAUGUGGCACAUACUCGAGAUGCUGAUCCAAUGAUUGGUGACCCUUGGCCUAUGUCUAAGAUUCUGGGUAUUAUUCUUUGGGCUCCUUUAGAAAUGACUUGGAAACAUGUAACAAAUGUGGGCCUGGGGAGCUGAGGCACAGGCCAGACCACCCCAUGGCAGAGACACAGAGGGGGUGAGCAAUAGGGUGGAAGUGGGUGACCCUCCGGACCCCGUCCUCCUCGGAAGUCACUGCAAAGACAGAGUGCUGUGUCCUGAUGCCUGAUGGUCAAGUGUGAGCUGGUGUGGAGGAUGUAUCUGUGAGGGACAGUUGUAGCUCACUGUCCCUCCUUUCGCAGCUGGGGCCACUGUGGAGGUUGGCGGCAGAGAAACCUGUCCACCAAACCCGCUGCGGAGGUGGCAGUCACUGGUGUCAGGUUCUCCUGUUUUGCCAGUCCCUGUUCAAAGUAAGUUUCCAGUAUGGCUGAUUCAGCUUUUUACCACUCCACCGUUUCAUUUAAUUUGUAAUUUUUUUGGUAUACUUUAUAGUUCUGUCUUUUCUCAUUUUAACAUUACUGCCUUUUAAAAUAUUCCCUUGCCUUUUUAAAUUAAAUGUCACCCGUAUUUUCAGAACUUUUUUUUUUUUUUUGUCCGAGGAACAUUAAAUGUCUGCAUUAAUCCAAAGGGAAUAUAUAACAAAGGUUGAUUCAACUGUUAGCAGUUUUGCAUGUAGCACCUUUAUGUGGAUUAUGUUCCCGAUUUUGGCUUCAUAUUAUGGAUCACCACACAACUCUAAGACUUGGUUAAUCAUGUAGAAAAUAUUCAGGUUUCAGUGUUCUGAGCCUUGCAACGGGCUCCCGUGUGACAGGUCUCACGCGGCUUCACCCACUCACCAUGCUUGCCGAGUGAGGCGUUUUCAUGGUGGCCAGCAGCUCCUCAGGUCACGUGGGAGCUUUGACUUCUCAGUUGUACAAGGAAGGAGGUUUUACAGCUUACCGUAAAACAGAGGUUCCAUCCAGGGUUCCUUAUAAGGCCCCCAAUGAGACACUGAAAACCCGGGGUGUGCUGUGGGCUCUGGCAAGGCAUUCAGCACAGUGGCCCUUGGCUUCCUUCAAAACGUAUAAAUACUGUAUAAUAGUUUUGUCCUACACAAUUGUAUCUGCCAAACUUAGUGCACUAAAGUACUUUUAUUUAUUUGUUUUGGGCAGUAUUAAUAUAUAUAUAUAUAUAUAAACAUGCAGUUACUGUUUUAUAUAUUCUUAGCUCAUUGAAAGCCAUGUAUGCUGUAAAUGUGCUCGUCUUUAGAAUGACGAAUAAUAAAUAACUGACAAGAACAUUAAA